CUGACGCAUGCUGUAUGAGAAUUGAGAAAAACUCAGAAAAUAAGUCAAAGUUUUGUCAUUUAUCCCUGGUUUCAUUUCCUAGCUAUUUAAAAUAAUAAUAUUAUGUUGUAUUGAAGUAAACUGUGUAAAAUUUAAAAUAUAUAUUACCCGUGACAUGCUGUAUAUAAGGCCUGGAAAUGGCUUUAUAUGAAGGAAUAGCACUUAUUCAAGAAAAGCAAGCAGUAGUAUUAGAUCUUGGCACGGAUUAUACAAAGUUUGGUUUCACGGGGGAGCCCGCGCCGCGAUGCAUAAUCCCGUCGCAGUUCUGGUGCCCCACGGAGCGGCGCAACAAGCGCGUGCACGACUACCGCAGCACUGAGGAGCUGUACGACAACCUGGUGCACAUGCUGCAUCUCUUGUAUUUUAGGCAUGUGCUGGUCAAUCCUAAGGAGCGCAAAGUGGUGGUGGUUGAAUCACUGUUCACCACUACGCAGUUCAGAGAGACACUGGCUAAAGUACUAUUCAUGCAUUAUGAGGUGUCGGGUGUAACAUGGUGGGACAGCGCGCGUCUGAGCGCGGCGACGCUCGGCGCACCCAUCGUGCUCGUCGUCAGCCUCGGCGCGGUCGACGCGGAGGUCGUCGCCGUGGUGCACGGCGUGCCGGUGGUGCACGCGAUGCAGGCGCAGCCGCUGGGCGCGCGCGCGCUGCACGCCGAGCUGGCACGACUGCUCGACGAGGACAACGGCAGGGAACUCAACCUCACCGAGCAGGAGCUCGAGGAUAUUAAAGUGCGCACGUGCUUCGUGCCGUCCCGCAAGCUGUCCCUGGAGCUGAGCGACGAAGCCACACUGCGCACGGUGCGCGGCGCGGAGUACGUGCGCGCGGCGGGCGCGCUGCGCGUGUCGGGGCGCGCGCGGGCGCUGGCCGCCGAGCCGCUGUUCGCGCGGGACAACGAGCUGGCCUCGCUGCAAGAUUCCGUGCUGCAGUGCAUACAGAUGUGUCCGAUCGACACGCGGCGCGCGCUGGCGGAGAACAUCCUCGUGUGCGGCGGCGGCGCCGCGCUGCCCGGCCUCGUGCCGCGCCUGCGCGACGAGCUGCGGCAUCUCGUCACCCUGCCGCCCUACAAGGAGCGUCUGCAGAGCAGCACGUUCAAGUUCCACAGCAGCCCGUGCGCGGUGAACAUAAGCGCGUGGUCGGGCGGCGCGCUGGCGGGCGCGGCGGACGGCGGGGCCCGCGCGGAGCAGCGCGAGGCCUUCCUGCGCGCGCCGCGCCUGCGCGACUGGGCCUGCCUGCUCUCCAACACGCGCGCCGCGUCACUGCCGCCCUAGGGACGCACACACACAGAGCAAUACUAAUAAACGCAACACACACACAUGCACUCACAGUGUGAGUCUCACACACGCACUCACACACAGCCUCGCGCACACACAGAAAUACGUGCGCGUGCACACACACAUACACAGAGCAAUACUAAUAAACGCACAUUCCCGAACGUACGUGCAUACCCAAUACACACACAUACAACAUGCACUCCUGCACAAAAAACGAAAAACACACACACACACACACUUAACUCAAACACACUCACUUAUUUACAUUCUUAUUACACAUGUCAACUUCCAACUUACACACUUGAACUAGCAAAUUCACAUUUAUACUACUCAUUCACAUCAUACUGAAAAUGUACAUGUAUUUCAGUUGCGCUUAGUGUUAAAUGUAUUUAUGGAUUAUUUAUAGCCUUGUAAUCGUAAGUUAAUUUAGUUUUAAGUUAACCUAAGAAAAAACAAUUCAUCUAAGCUUUUUUAUUAACAAAACAGUAUUGUCUAUCAAAUUCCUCACAAGUUUUAAUUUGUUUCCAAAAAUAAAACUGCUUAAAACUUAAAUUUUUAAAGAAAAGAAAACCCGCGUCUUUCACCAAACCGGGGCGGACGCAUGACCAAUAAUUUGUGAUCGCGCCAGAGCAAUCGAAUCUAUUCAACUCUUUCAGUUUUAUUCGUGUGAUAAAUUGAUAUCUCAACCAAUAUGAAACAUUUCAAUAUUGUCACAAUGGAACACGACCUUUUUUGUUGUACACACUGUACUUGAAACUUGUAUCAUACUGCAUGCAAUGAUUGUAUUAUAAUAAACUUUAAAGGCGAUAGAUUUUAAAUGCAUAUUAUGUAUAAAACAAAAACAUUGAUUCCAAUAAGAAAAGAAAACUAACUAUUUGAAUAACUUUUUAAUGAAAUAAAUGCAUCAUAUUAUUUUCAUGUAAA